GGUAUAUAUGGCCUACAUAUGCAGUCUGGUUAGGGUUAGGUAUACUGUACUAUAGCUUUCUAACUUCAAAAAAUCUGUAUAUAGUAUAUAUCUGUAUUAUUUUGCUCUGUACCUCUCUGGCCGUCUUCUUGUGCUGCUCAAAUGCUAAAUCUUAUCUUAAUAUUUAAUUUCGUUGAGCUUACGUCAUUAGUGUAAGGUGUUCCAGUUACUUUGUCCACCCCCAGUAGUUUCAACUCCUCCUCCAGUCAUUAGCUUUCUAUAAAUGUCAAGCCUCUCAUAGGAGGGCAGAAAGUUUACUAAAUUAGUUUUUUACAGUGAACUGACGAUGAGACACUGACAAGCCAUCUGUUUUCCUAUUCUUGUAACAACAAACAGCGGGUAAGGAUAUUGUAUGUGGUUAGUAACAAAGAUAUUAUAUGCAAUUUUCGUGUGACUGAGAUUUGGAAAAUUGGAUCUUCUCAAAAAUAAUAAAUGGAAGAAGUUACAUUGACAAUGUUUUUUUAAAUCAUAUUUCUGUAGGCAUCUGGUGAGAGAAUGAAUGCUGAUGACUGCAAUGGAUGCUCAUAUGCACAAGGUAAUGGAGGAGAGUCAUCAACGGAACAUGAUUUUUAUAGCGGGUUGCAGGGCCCUUCGGCAAGAUCCCCAAACAGUCAGCAGUCCUCACCACACCGCUCCCUUAGUGCGAACUCCAUCAAGGUUGAGCUGUGCAGCGAUGAUGAGUCACCAGGUGCUCCACAGCCAGACAACAGAGAGGCUGUGAGCGACGAUGGCAGGAGGGAUGACAGAGGGGACCCCAUGGAGGAAGGGAGCACAGAGUACGCUGGGGCCGGAAGAGACAGAGGGAGCCUUUAUAACGAGAUGGCCAGUCCAAACUCUGCUUCGCCAGGACCUCUCCGCCUGCCCAAUGGGAAGCUCCAGUGUGAGGUGUGCGGCAUGAUCUGCAUCGGGCCCAAUGUGCUGAUGGUGCACAAGCGUAGCCACACAGGCGAGAGGCCGUUCCAGUGUAACCAGUGUGGAGCUUCGUUCACCCAGAAAGGGAACUUAUUGCGGCACAUCAAGUUGCAUUCGGGAGAGAAGCCUUUCAAAUGUCCCGUUUGCAACUACGCUUGUCGCCGGAGAGAUGCCCUGGCUGGACAUCUACGCACACAUGCAGCUUCUUCUCCAACGGUGGGAAAACCUUUCAAGUGCAGCUACUGUAGUCGCAGCUAUAAACAACAGAGCACACUGGAGGAACAUCUAGAGCGCUGCCACAGUUAUUUGAAGAGUCUGGACCAGACAGCAGCCAUUGCACAGACAGCACAGGGUGAAGAGUCGGUAAAUAUGGAGACAAUUACAAAACCUUCGCUCCAGCCAGCCAAUGAAAAAAUCCAGCUUGUGGAUAGACUGGCUAUGAGCAUCACCAAGCGCAAGAGAUCAACACCACAGAAGUUUUUGGGUGAAAAGCACAUACACCUCGCCCUACCUGAAGCACCUUACGAAUUGUCCUCUGGCUCUGAGAAGGAGGCGGACCUCACGAGCUCUCGGCCUGCUGGGGACUCUGCUGGGUUGGCCAGUCCACGUCUCCAAGGCAGCAGGGGUAAAAGGGAGAACCAUGAGCCGCCUGCACUGUCUCAGCUCCAUCCUGCCUUCCUGACGGAGAUACGCACGGUUAUCGGCUCCGUCAACAGCAACUUGACUCCUCAGGGCCUCCGAGCCCAUGGUGGCAGCGGGCUGGCAGCAGUGACCCUUGGCCUGGCAGGGCAGCAGGCAGGUGAAGGCCGCGAUGACCAGCGCCCAGCCCGUAGACACAUCACCUCGCCCAACGGCUGCCCCGACUCUACAGACGCAGAGAGCACAGCAGAAGAGCAGAGCACAAGGGCUACAGCCCCGACAAAUACCUCCAACAACCACCACCUCCACUACCAAACCCCAGCACUGCCCCGCAGCCAUUCCACUUCCAGCCCCAGGCAGGCCAAAGACUUGGACCCAGAGUGGGAGAGAGCGUGUCCUGUGCCCACCACCAUAGCAAAGAGGAGCCCUGUCGCACCCCUUUCUUCCCGGGAGAUUGUGCAGGUGUUAGACAGGGAUGGCCGGCCUGUGCGCUCUUUCCACUGCCGGCACUGUCGCAUCCUCUUCCUGGACCAUGUCAUGUUCACCAUCCACAUGGGUUGCCACGGCUUCCGCCAACCCUUCGAGUGCAACAUCUGUGGCCACCGCAGCCAGGACCGCUAUGAGUUCUCUUCUCACAUCAGCCGCGGAGAGCAUCAGGUGGGCUGAGGAGAGGGGAUAGUGGUCGGAUGAGGAGAGGUGGCUGUCGCCCUCUAAAGUUGUAGGCUCCCGUUUGUUCUGCACCAGAUCAGUUGCUUUAAAUCCCUAGCGUAAAUAAAAGGAUUUGUGGUUUUACAGUGAGAACAUUUAUUGCACCAUUUAAAGUUUAGUGGAGGCAAAUUGCAUUCUAUGAUUGAUUGCAAUCCCUUAUAAAAUCAUCCGGCAAAACUACUGGUUUUGCUUCAAAAGUGCCUUCUUUGGGGAUUUCCUCUUAACUUAAAAAAAAACUGUAGGGGAACUGGUGCUCAAAAAUCAAACUAGCCAUCUUUUGCUAAGUGAUUUAGUCAGCACUUUUGAAAGGUUGUGCACAGGCAGUUAAGGUAAGCAUGGCAUGUACAUUUUAAGAAUUCUAUUUGGUAUGCUUAGUAUGCACUAAGAGCUUUGUUUUUGUGGUUGAGGUGGGUACUUUGUGUCGUGUGUCAGGUAUGCUUAAUAUGCA